AUGUCGAGCGCCACCUUCGACCUGCAGUGGAAGGAGGGCAUGGUCGAGCUUAUCGACCAGCUCGAGCUCUGCGACCCGCAGUCGAGCGCGGCCGCGCGCAGCCGCAUCGAGAGCCUGGACGCAACCGAGCAGUUCCAGCAUUUUGCCACGCUCUACAUCCGGUAUCUGCAAAUCUUCCGGAGGCUCGAGGAGAGCUACGACCAGACGGUCCAUCCGCAGAAGCGGAGGGACGUUCGCAAGUCGCUCGACGGCGUGAUUGGGCGGCUGCUCGAGCUGCGCGAGGUUCUCGUCGAGAAGAAUGGCGGCGUUCCGUUUUUCAACCUCGAUGAGGUGCUGGUCGACCUCAAGCUCGGCCCCGAGGUGCUCGAGGUGCCCGUCCCAAAGUACAUUGUGGAGGACCAGGGCCGCACGCUCGCGGAGCGCGAGCGGCUCCUCGACGCGCUGCUCAAGCGCCACGCCAGCCGCGACGAGCAGGGCGAGGAGGACCCCGCCGUGCAGAUGGACAUUGACGAGGCGCUCAAGAUUAUCCAGGCCAACGAGCGAGGCCGGCAGGGGCAGCAGCGCGCAGAGGGUGUCAAGGCCGCGCGAGAGAGGGAGGCCUGGGAGGAGAGGCGGCGGGCGGCGGAGGAGGAGGGCGACGAGGACGGGCCCGAGGCGGCUGCGACGAGCCUGCAGGCCGCCUGGAGGGGCAGCGCCAGCCGGAGGGCGACGGCGCUGAUGCGCGACGAGGAGCUGGUCUUCAUCGGGAUGGCGCCGCCGCCGCCCUUCCCCAAGGAGGGCGAUCCGCGGCUGCGCGAGCGGCAGACCAAGGCGCGGCGCAAGCAGAUGCAGAUGCAGCACGAGGCCGAGUACCGCGACGCGCUCGUCGCGCAGGACGCGGUGGUGUACGAGACGGAGGGGCCAGACAUGAAGGAGGAGAUGAUGGACCAGCUGCGCGACUGGUACAUCCGGUACCGCGAGCGCGAGGGCAAGUUCCCAGACUUCCCGCCGGAGGAGGUGGAGAAGCCGAUGCCGGGGGACGCGGCGGAGGGCGCGGAGGAGAAGGGCGCCGACGCCAAGAAGGACCCGAAGAAGGACGGCAAGAAGGACGGCAAGAAGGGCGCGGAGGACGACGGCGAGGGCCCGCCGCCGCUGCCGCCGCACUUUAUCAACACGAUGAAGGACUCGUACCAGGAGUGGUCCGACAAGUGGCAGCACCGCGACGAGCGGCUCAACUUUGCGCAGCGGCACGACGUGGAGCUGGUGCGGCAGAGCGUGCGGCCCGACGUCGAGCUGCGGGUGCGCGCCGAGGUGAACGAGCUCAUCGGCCGCGAGCUGCAGAACUUGCAGGAGGAGUUCGAGCGCGCCCAGGGCAAGAAGGGCAAGAAGGGCAAGGGCGGCAAGAAGGGCAAGGGCAAGAAGGGCAAGGGCAAGGGCAAGGGCAAGGGCGGCAAGGGCAAGAAGAUGCCAAAGGACCCCACGGCCAGCCUGUCGCUCGAGUACCUCUACGAGCAGCUCGUCGGCGACGGCAUCCUCAAAAAGGUGGACCCGGUCUCGCUCGAGGACUUUGUGGGCUCCUACGGCUUGCUGGGGCAGGCGAUGGACAAGCUCGCCGAGGCGGACCCCACCCGGCUGCCCAACCCCUCCUUUGCGCAGAUCCGGUCGGCGGUGACCGAGUACUGCAUCCUCCCGCUCGGCUCGGACGCCGUCAAGAGGCACUGCCCGCUCAAUACCGCGCCGAAGGGCUCGAAGCGCGUUGAGAAGAAUGGGACGCCGGUGUUGCUGUGCGGGGUCCCUGGGAGCGGCAAACGCAUGCUCGCGCACGCGGUCGCCUCCUCGUGCGGCGCCAACCUCUUUGACCUGACGCCCUCCAACACGGAGGGCAAGUACCCUGGCAAGAAGGGGCCGGGCGACCUGGUGCACACCGUCCUCAAGGUGGCCAAGGCGCUGCCGCCCUCGGUGGUGCUGAUUGGAGAGGCCGAGUCGGUCUGGGUCUCCGGCAAGAAGAAAGGCGGAGGCGACCCUCCCAACCGGAUCCUAAAGGCCCUCACCUCGCUGCUCGCGCCAAAGAAGGGGGCCGCGCUGCUCGAGCCCAGCGACCGCGUCCUCAUCCUCGGCACCUCGAGCCAGCCGUAUGCGUGCGAGAAGGCCAAGGACUACAACGCCUUCCGCGAUUUUUUCUGCAAGAUUCUCUACCUCCCUCUCCCGGACUAUGCCGCGCGCUGCAAGCUGUGGACGCACCUGCUCGAGCGGGCGGGGCUCGACCGGCCUUGCUUGGACGACGUGCAGGCGUUGGCGCGCGUCUCGGACGCCUUCUCCGCCGGUGCCAUCGCGGAGGUGGUUCGGAGGACAAUCACUCCGCGCCGCGUCGAGCGGCUGGCGGCCAAGCCCUUUUCGGUGCACGACCUCGUGAGCCAACUCGCGCAGCAGGAGCCGGUGUACCGCGAGGACGACGCGGCCAUGCGCGGCUGGUACCACAAGACUCUUGGGAUCGGAGGGGACGUGUCUCGUGUGAUCAUGCGCCUCUCACUUGUCUCUUGUGUUGUGAUGUCGAAGCACGAAGGAAUGGACGCUAAACUGAGCCUGAGCCUCGAGGCUCGCCGCCAGCGUGAGGCGGAGCGGCUAGCUCGGAUCAAAGACCCCCAGGCGUACAAGCGGGCGGUCGAUCCCGCCGAGCUGGCCAGGCAAGUGGCCGAGAAGCAGCAGAUCAGGCAGACAGAGGCAGACUUUGCUGCGACUGCUGAUGCGGAGCGGAUUGCCGUUGACAACCAGCUGGUGCAGCUGGAGGAGGAGCGGCGGCGGGCCGAGCGGAAGCAUCUCGCUGAGCUUGACACGUACCGGAGCACGUUGCAGGGACGCGCCACCUCGCGCGACCACGACCUCUCUGACCCGACGGCGCUGCGUCGGGAGCAGCCGGGCCGGGUCUCCGAUGAUGACGAGCGGCUCGGCGCGAGUUCAAUGCAGAAGUUCCACGGCGAGGACCUGGCCAUCUCUCACCGCGUCAAGGGCCAGCAGGAGGAGCUCCGCUCGUGGUUCGGAGAGGCGGUCCGGGAGAAGGAAGCGGCUCAAGCCGAGGCGGCGCAGAGUGACGCCGACUUCUCCUCGUCAAUGUUGCAGAUCGACGGGCUCAAGAGCUCGCUGGAAGCAUCGGCGCAGGCGAAGCGCAGGGAGGCCUACUCGGCCGUCGCCGAGUACAACCUCGCCCAGGCCCGUGCCAAGAAGGAGCGUGAGCGCGCGGCGCAGGCCGCAGAGGUGCGCGACAACCUUGCCGAGAUUGAGAACAACCUCUCCUCCACCCUUCUGAACGAGGACCCGUCGGUCAGCCGCUCGUACAUCUCGCCGAACCGGGUGCGGCCGGACCACUUCAAGGGCUUUUCUGCCGACGAGCAUCAGGCCAUCCUUCAGCAACAGGCGGAGCAGGCGACAGAGCGGCAAGAGGCAGAGGCCGAGGAGCGCGCGUGGAGCUCGCAGGUGGCGGAGGAGAUUGAGCAUAUGCGGCAGGUGCGCUGCUCGACCGAGGCGCAGCUGGAGGCAAAGAGGGCGGAGAUGCGGCGGGUCUUUGCUGAGGAAAACCGACAGCUCGCCGAGACGCAAAAGUCCAACCAGAGCUUCUUGGACUCCGUCGUCUACCCAAACCAAGUCUCGGAGCACUUCUUCAGCUUCUUUAACACGACCUCCCGGUGA